AUGAAGUUGGACGGUAACAUGAACGUGAUGUCUCGGAGCAAUACGUGGCCCGUGGUAGUCAUUCGGCUAGAGCACGUAGACGACGGUGACGACGGUGGCGUGCACUUGACCGACGACGGCCCUUGCACGGCGUUGACGGACGACCUGAUGGGCGGCGUCGGCGGUGGUGUCGGCGGGGUUGGCGGCGGAGGCGUUACGGGCAUGACGGACACGUGUCCAUUGGCACCGCUGUCGGCCCGCAAACGAGCCACCCUGCAGCGUCACUAUUACCCGGAGGCCGGCUGGGGCUGGGUGAUCGUGGCCACGGCGAUCGCAGUGCACGUGCUCAAUCACGGGCUCCAACUGUCGGCGGCCGUCACGCUCGGAGCAGCGGCAGUCAAGUUCGGACAACCGGUCAUUAACACAGGUCAGUGA